UCAGCUGAGGUGGCGGAGCAUCAGACUCUCAGAGGCGGGCUGGUUGGGGGGCUGUUGGACUUAUUCAGCGGGUCGUCGAGGCUGUAAGGAGGCUUCCAAGAGGCGGACAUCAUGCACCGUUUGUGGAUUUGGACGCUGAUAGCGGCUCGUCUGCAGGUGGUGGUCCUGGGCGGCGACAGCGGGGGCGGGCCGCCAUGCGUGAGGGGCUUCUCGCAGGAGGAAUACGUCAUGGAGACGCAGCGAGAGCUGGCAAAGGGACAGGCCGUCUUCAACGUGACCUUCGAGGACUGCGGCAGGAAGGUGUGGCUUGAUGCUGAAGACGCAUCCGAACUGUAUGUGAGCAAGGAGGGCGUAGUCUACACGCUGGCUCAUGUGGAGACAGGAGAAACGGUAGCAAUGAUCUACGCUCGAGACCUGCAGACCAAACAAUCCUGGAAGGCCCGAGUGCGACUUGUCGUCCGUCCAAACAUGGAGGGACCUGGACAGGUGAAGCCCAGUGAUGCAACACUGACUCAGCGGGCACCAGAGAUCUUGUUUCCAUGGCGCAGCGUGGUUGUCGGGGGCAAUGGCGGGCUGAGGCGAGUGAAGAGGGACUGGGUCAUUCCGCCCAUCAACGUCCCCGAGAACUCGCGCGGACAGUUCCCCGAGGACCUUGUCAGGAUCCGAUCGGACCGGGAUAAGAACUGGAUGCUACGUUACAGCGUGACGGGCCCUGGCGCAGAUCAGCCACCAACCGGCAUCUUCAUCAUCAACCCCAUCUCUGGUCAGCUGUCAGUCACGAAGCCUCUGGACAGGGAACACAUCCCCAACUUCCAUUUGCGUGCCCACGCUGUGGACUUGAACGGCAACCAGGUGGAAACUCCCGUGGAAAUCCACAUAAACGUCAUCGACCAGAACGACAACAGACCUGAGUUCACGCACACUAUCUUCAAUGGCUCCGUGCCGGAGGGCUCCAAGCCAGGGACCUUUGUUAUGACGGUGACGGCAGUGGACAAGGAUGAUCCGAAGACGGCCAACGGGAUGCUGCGAUACAAGAUCCUGUCUCAGAGUCCCCAGAGUCCGUCAUCCAACAUGUUCACCAUCAACAACAAGACUGGUGACAUCAUCACAGUGGCAGCAGGCCUGGACCGGGAGAAAGUGUCCCAGUACACGCUGAUCAUCCAGGCCACCGACAUGGAGGGCAACCCCACCUAUGGACUGUCCAACACCGCCACCACCGUCAUCAGGAUCACAGACGUCAACGACAAUGCCCCCGAAUUCACCACCGACACGUUCUUCGGCGAGGUCCACGAGAAUCUGGUGAACGUGAUCGUGACCAACCUGACGGUGACGGACAAAGACCAGCCUCACUCUUCAGCCUGGAACGCCGUGUACCGCAUCUUGAGCGGAGAUCCCACUGGACGCUUCUCCAUCCCAACCGAUCCCACCACCAACGAGGGGCUCCUCACAGUGAUCAAGCCCAUUGACUUUGAGGUGACGCGCUCUUUCGUACUGACGGUGGAGGCUGAGAAUGAGGCUCCACUGGCCCGCGGCAUCCACCAGCCACGCCAGUCCACAGCAACUGUCUCCAUACGUAUCCUGGACCUCAACGAGAGCCCCGAGUUCAGCCCCAAUCCCAAACCCAUCAAGCUGGACGAAGGCUUGCCCGCUGGCUCGCUGCUCACAAGCUUCAUCGCGCAGGACCCCGACCGCUUCAUGAGGCAGACGAUCCGGUACUCCAAGAUGUACGACCCCGCAAACUGGCUGGAGAUAGACUCUGUCAAUGGUCGGAUUUCCACCAUCGCCAUCCUGGACCGCGAGUCUCCUUAUGUGAAGAACAACCUCUACAACGUCACUUUCAUGGCCUCCGACAACGGUGUACCGCCGGCCAGCGGGACCGGCACCCUGCAGAUGUACCUCCUGGAUAUCAACGACAAUGCGCCGCACGUCUUCCCGCCCGAGGUGGAAAUGUGCGAGAAGCCGGACCCCAACGGCAUCAACAUCACGGCCACUGAUCCCGACCUGAGCCCCAACGCUGGACCCUUUGCCUUUGAACUGCCCAGCCGCCCGUCAGACGUGCGGCGUAACUGGACGCUCAGUCGCCUCAGCGGUGAGCACGCUCAGCUCCGCCUGCGGACUGGCUCCCUCCCCAAUGGCAUCUACGAGAUCCCUAUCACCAUCACAGACUCUGCCAACCUGCCCAUGUCCAACACAUCUUACUUGCGCGUCAAGGUGUGCCAGUGCGAUCACCAUGGCGACUGCGUGGACAUGCAGCGCAUCAUGGCAGCCGGCCUGGGAAUGGGCGCGAUCAUUGGCAUCCUCAUCUGUAUCAUCAUACUGCUAGUGCUGGUGCUGCUGUUUGGGAUGUGGAUAAAGAGGCGGGAUAAGGAGCGCCAGGCCAAGCAACUCCUCAUUGACCCCGAGGACGACGUGAGAGACAACAUCCUCAAGUACGACGAGGAGGGUGGCGGCGAGGAAGAUCAGGACUAUGACCUGAGCCAGCUGCAGCAGCCUGACUCUCUGGAGCCCGAGUGUGUGAAGGUGGGCAUCAGACGCCUGGAUGAGAGGCCCCUCCAUCAUGACCACCAGUACCCCCUACGCUCUGCCGCGCCCCACCCUGGAGACAUUGGGGACUUCAUCCACGAGGGCCUGAAGGCUGCAGACAACGACCCCACGGCGCCCCCCUACGACUCUCUGCUGGUGUUCGACUACGAGGGGAGCGGCUCCACAGCCGGCUCUCUCAGCAGCCUGCACUCGUCCUCAAGCUGUGGCGACCAGGACUACGACUACCUCGGCGACUGGGGGCCCCGCUUCCGUAAGCUGGCCGACCUGUAUGGCGGAGGCGACGACUAGCGCUCUGGCGGCGGGCGUCUUCAGCAGAGAAGAUUUUGGGGGGGAAUUUUUUUGCGGGAGGGGGGAGGGUGGGUUGAGGGGUGGGUGGCAGCAGCACUUCUGUUUCAGCGCCAAACGGCUUCUAAGGACUUGCCGAGACUUGUCGCCGUACGACAGCGGCGAGCAGCCGGGAGCUACCGUGAGAGCGAGGGCGAGCUCGGCGCCAUCGCGAUGAAGGACGCUCACUUACACUUGAAACUCACAGGACAUGAACACUGGGGUCAAAUGUGCCUUUAUGUACAUUGUUGGCUUGUGUUGGCUCUUCAUUCUCUAUGUUGCUUUCAAGCUCCUAGCAAGCCCACGGCCAUGAUAGUGUGUUUGUGUGUGUGGGUGUGUGUGUGUGGGUGUGUGUGUGUGUGUGUGAGAGUAAGUUGUUUCCACACUGGAUGGACACUGUAAAAGGUCAGAAAAAAACAUGGCAGCUUUACUGUGCAGCUCCAUGCUUUCUAAGGUUGAAAUAUGACAUUAAAAACAAUAUAUGCAUUUUGGGGUUUAAAAUAGCGUAAAUACUCUAAUUGUAGGAAGGGCGUUUAUUGAGAGAGGCUGUUAGUUUCGAAAUGUGAAAACUAAUUAUAUACUGUAUGACAAGUUAAUUAGUUUUACUUUAAUAAUGAUUUGGAGUGCAUGAGAAAGUGGAAAGGCAAACUUAUUAAUAAUAUAGUAUACAGUACAGUGUUUCCCACAGGGUGGGGCAGGGAGAUGAUAUAAUUGGCAAAUUUGCAUACUUGGCCAUGACGCAUGUGCAAAGUGAGUGAAAAGCUAAGUCACAAACAAAACUGAGUGCUUUUAGGUGGUGGAGGGGCCUACAGCAUCACCCACUGUUCAGUGAGAAUAGCCAUAUGUCACAAAAAAAAAAAAAUUGUAAUUAUUAAUGAAUGUAUGGGGAAACACUGGUAUAUUGCACAACAGACAAACCGAACCGAUGUUGAUAUUUCUUGAAAUAGAACCCAAAAGGUAUAUCGUGAAUUUAAUGUUAUGUUGAUGCUAUGUAAUGUUUCUUAUGACGUAUAAACUAGUCUGAACACUGAGGGUUCCCUUUAAGAUCUUUCCUGGACACGCCCACGCUAAUACGCUUGCAGACAGAAAAGUGAUGCUUCAUCUUCCUUAACUCAUAACUUCUCAGUUCCUUCCUUCAUUGUUAAAGUUGCAACGUGACUAAUGCUAAGCUAGCAGAGCUAAUGCUAAAACGGAACAGCUAAACCUUUCAAGGAUGACGGCAUACAAAGUCAAACAUGUCAGUAUCUUAUUCUUUUGGUUCUUUUGCCUUUAUUUGCUUCAGGAAUAAAGCUUUUGAGUGCACAGCUUUUGGAACAAACAUACAGUAUAUUCAAGAUAAAUAUUUGGAAUAUAACAGCUGUGACGUGCAAAAGUAAGAACAUGUCUUCAAGCUACCUUUCUACCAACACUUACAAACUAAAGCGUACCGUAAUGCUCAUUUUAAAUGGGCAGCAUGAAUGUGUUGAAUGAGAGUUUGAGCAGCGCCUGAAAGUUGUCAUGUUUUUUUUGUUUGUUUGUUUUUUGUUUCCUGGAAGGCGAGAAGACAUGUACAGCAACACCCGAUUCCUGAAGGAUUCCCUUUAUUUGUUUUUCUUUCACAAAGUAACUUAUUCAGCCGUCGGCCAACAGAGGGAGCCCAGUCAAGUUCUAGUCGGUAGCACGGAACGUUCUGGAUGCUGCUUGAAGACCAACAAGGCAAAGUUACUGACUUUUUGCCUUAGUGUUCUCUGGAAACUUUCCAGCUGGCUUCUUCACUGUAAACUGUACAGAUUGUAUUUCUCUCUCUUCUCUCUCUCUUUCUCUCUCUCUCUCUCUCUCUCGUCGUUCUUUGGAUCGUGAAGAUGAAAUGCUAAUGUACAUGUUCUUUGGAUUACAAAUUAAACAUUUUUUGCAUGUUUU